UGGAAUAUUAAGCCGGGUACAAGUGUAUUACGAGUCAUAGUAAUAGGUUGCUGAAACAAAACCCUAUCAAAAUUCUUCACAGGUUGUGCUGCGCUCUCUCUUCCGCCGCCGCCGUAAAAAGCAUCCACCAUGGCUACCGACGCACCCUCAUCCCGUCAGCUCUCUCAAAAGGAAGCUGACAUCCAGCUUAUGUUGGCUGCCGAUGUUCAUCUCGGCACCAAGAACUGUGACUACCAAAUGGAGCGUUACAUUUUCAAACGCCGUCAAGACGGUAUUUAUAUUAUUAAUCUUGGAAAGACUUGGGAGAAACUUCAACUAGCUGCUAGGGUCAUUGUUGCAAUUGAGAACGCUAAGGAUAUUAUUGUCCAAUCUGCAAGGCCUUAUGGACAGAGAGCUGUUCUCAAGUUUGCCCAGUACACUGGAGCUAAUGCCAUUGCUGGAAGGCAUACUCCCGGAACUUUCACCAAUCAGCUUCAGACUUCAUUCAGCGAGCCUCGUCUUCUCAUCCUCACCGAUCCAAGAACUGAUCAUCAGCCAAUUAAGGAAGCUGCUCUUGGAAAUAUUCCCACAAUUGCUUUCUGUGACACUGAUUCUCCUAUGAGAUAUGUUGACAUUGGAAUUCCUGCUAACAACAAGGGAAAGCAUAGCAUUGGUUGUCUCUUUUGGCUUUUGGCUAGGAUGGUUUUGCAGAUGCGUGGUACUAUUCGCCCUGGUCAUAAGUGGGAUGUGAUGGUUGAUCUCUUCUUCUAUAGAGAUCCAGAGGAUGCCAAGGAGCAAGAAGAUGAGGAUGUUACUGCUCCAGAUUAUGCUAUUGCUGAUUUCAAUGCAGCUUCUAUCCCCACUGAUGGACAGUGGCCUUCUGCUAUUGAUCAGCCAUGGACUGAUGCUGUUCCUGAACCUAUUUCAGCAGCUCCUGCUGUCAACUGGUCUGCCCCAGAAGCUGUUGCAGGAGGGGACUGGGGUGAAGCCGUUCCACCACCACAACAAAUACCUGCUCCCGGAGUUGAAUCCAUCCAGGCCACUGGCUGGGAAUAAAUUAGUGGUUUUUGAUCUUUAUGAUAUCCCAUCCUGCAAUUUAUUUUUACCCUUUCCUUCCUCUGAAGUAACACCUGGAUCUGUUUUUUUGGUAGUUAAGGAACUUUAUUUUGUACUUGUUUGGUAUGAGUGGCAAAAAUAUUGUUUAUGACUUGGGAUAUUUUUUAUAAUUUGUGAAUGUUUUUCUUUGA